ACACGAUUCACCAUUCCCCCAACCUUCACCUUAGGCACCAGUUCAACUGUGCAGCGCAUCAUAAAAACAAACAAAGCAUUUGCCCCGGAAGGUCACACCAGAAAUACAUUGUCAAACAAACGCAAGCUUGACACUUUGCAUGAUUUUAUGCGUACAGAGCAAAGUGACACACUCAAUGCCCACCUUACCACGGUUAGAGGUCAAUCUCGUUAGAGAAAUACGGAUCAAGUAGUAGAUCUUGAAACAAAACCCGAAAGUGCACCGGUUUAUUGAAAACUGUUCCACCGAAACCGUACACCGAUCGGGUUUUUAUUUGAUUUUGUUGUUUCUUGUUCCUUUUUUGCAUACAAGGCGGGUUCAAUGUUGUGUCUAGCUUGGUUAGGUUGAUUGUUUUUCCUUCUCUAUGGCUUCAAGCGUGGGAGUGUGUGUUUGUGUGAACAUUGAGUGGUGAAAAAUGCAACGAACAGCUCGUCACGAUCCAUUGCCUCACGCGCGGCACACGCGAGCUGCAAAGCCAAACUACCUUGUGCGAAAAAAAAAGGGAAGCUGUGGUGGGUAGAAGAGAUCGAUCUGGAGCUUACGAUUGCUGGACGGCUCAAGAGUGAUCAGUAGCACUGGAAGCUUGGUGCUGAUCACUACCCACAAUAGUGCGAAUAGUUUCGGUGUUCGGUGUUCUUUUUUUUUUUUGGAACGGAGGCGGAACCCUUUAAUGGGGUGAAGUGUUGACUUAUUAGCCAGAAUGCAUUACUGGUUUUGCCGUUACAAAUAGUUUAAAUGUGCGUGUGUUUGAAACCAGAUUGAAAGCAUAAGAGCGAUUCUUAUACACAGCUUAGUGAGAUGUUUCAUGUGAGCUAUCGGGGUACAGUGACACGAAAUGAUUCUGCGAUGUUCGUUGGCGUGCCUGCUAGUGCUUUACCUCCUACCGGCGACGUAUGGUGGCCGGACGACGAUCCGGCAAACUCGUCACGUUGACGUUACCGACCAGCGGACACUGCUGGACAGUGCCGGGAUGCGGCCGAUGUUUCACUUUCUGCGCACGUGGAUAUUCAACAUCGUGGGACGGACGGGACAGCGCACGAGCGGGUCCUUUCUGCAGCAGCGCAUUCCGCCCGAGGUGCCAUUUCCGUGCAACGUCACGCUGGGCCGCAGUGCCAAGGUGCCGACGAGUGUACAUAAGCUAAGGCCAGGAGACAUCAACGUCAUUGCAGCCAUGGGCGACUCGCUGACCGCUGCCACCGGUGCAGCCGCGUCCGGCUUCAUCGAUCUGUACCAGGAAAAUCGUGGCCUUGCGUGGAGCAUCGGUGGCCAGUGGGACUGGCGCAACGUCACUACCCUGCCGAACAUACUGAAGGUGUUUAACCCGAAGCUCGUCGGCUACUCGCUCGGCGAUGCGUACCCGUUCCAUCGGGACUCCCAGUUCAACAUGGCCGAGAUUGGGGCCGUUUCGUACGACAUCCCGUACAUGGCGCGUGCGAUGGUGCAGCGCAUACGGCGGGACCCGCGCGUCGACUGGAAGCGCGACUGGAAGCUGGUCACGAUAGCGAUCGGUGGCAACGACAUCUGCUCGUUCGUGUGCACGAUGCGCUACCCGGAGCAGCUGCCGGCAAAGCACCGGUUGCGGCUCCAGCGCACGCUGCGCUAUCUGCGCGACAGCAUGCCCCGCACGUUCGUCAACCUGGUGUCGGUGCCGAGCGUGGCGAAGGUGGUGAUGCUGCAGCGCAAACCGUUCGCCUGCGAGUCACUGCACCACGGCGAGUGCUCCUGCUGGAUCGGGAAGCUGUACAAUCAGAGCGAAGCGUCCCGGGACCGCUGGGCAAGGAUACAGGACGAGUACAUCCGGGUGGAGAAGGAGGUGGCCGAGUCACGGGAGUUCCGAGGGCUGGACGAGUUUGCGGUCGUCUAUCAACCAUGGUCGCUGAACGUGACGAUGAAAAUGAAUGGCAAGGACAUUGAUUACUCGCUUCUCUCGUAUGAUUGUUUUCAUAUGAGCCAGAAAGGAAAUGCCUUCGCCGGCACUGCGUUGUGGAACAACAUGCUCGAGCCCGUGGGGAAGAAAACUCCCAACUGGCGGCCCCUCUUGAAAAACUUCAAAUGCCCCACCAAAGAGUCGCCUUACCUAAUCACGUACGAUAACAGUGGCCACAGCUAGCGGCCACUACGGGGAAAGCAGGAUUCUACGCUAGAGGGCGCUGGAGAACCUAGCAAGGCGGAUGUGAAUAUGUGUGUUUCUGUGUGUGCCAGCGAGUCAAAUCGAAACGUUGUGAUGCUUAAUUUAUUCUCUUCUUUACGUGUAAAGCCCAAACCAAUCCUUGUGCGUACCGGAGGCAGCGUGCGUUUUUAGUGUUUAUAGUGUCGGUGUUAGUAGCGAAUGGUCUUAAAGUCCUUUCUUGCCAGAGGAUAGAACCAGUGCGAUCUCUUCAGCAAUCGAUUUCAGUGCAGUUUAGUAGCGAAUUAUUAAUAAUUGUAGGAUCAGGUUCCAUGAAGCGAUCUUCAGUGCAAGAAGCACAGCACAAAUAAAUGGUGCAAUAAAAUCGAAACCAUGUCAGUAGUACACGGUGUAAGAAAACAAUAAAAACCCAAAAUAAAAUGAAAACAAAUUGUUCAAUCAAACAGAUUCA